GAUAGUUAGAAAUGGGGGAUUUUUGUGGUCGAAAGUAACGGCCUUCCUAAAGCAGACUCAGGCACUGGUUCUGGUUCUGAGCGGAUAAAAGUGCUUGUCCAUGCGCGCUGAAAGCGACACGGCGCGGGAAUCUUCGAAACGGGGAAGGGGGAGAAAAUUACGCAAACAGCAGCUGCAGCCCCCACUCUUACGGAUCAAACACAGCCGCCAUGGAUGAUGUUAGGGCAACCUCUGCUUGGGUUGCUAGCCACUCCUCCCACGUCCUUGUCGACUCUUCAGGGAUUGAGAAAGUGGUGGAUACUAUAGAGUCGAUUCCGAAAGUUGAUUGGGAUUUUGAAGGGAUUCACUAUUUUGAUAAUGGUCCGUUAACCGUCCAGUACUUGUUCGUCUUGGACGCCUUGAAUUUCUGUUUCUGGCCUGAUAAGGACUUGAGCUAUGAUCACCUGGCCUCUGGACUGAAGGCUGCUCUUCAAAAUGACAAGUCAGCAUUUGAUGCUGAUCGCCUGCAAGAGUACACUGGCCCUCAAUUGCGUGAACUGUUGAAAUGGCCUAGACCACUUCCUUUGGAGGAUGAACGGGUUCGCUUGCUGCAUGAGGUUGGAUUCGAACUAGAGAGAAGCUUCGAGGGUAAGGCUUCUAAUAUAGUGGAGUCCUGUGGGAAAUCAGCUGUGAAGCUUGUUGCUGCUAUCACACGACACUUUCCUGGCUUUCGAGACCACUCUCUCUACAAAGGCCACCAGGUAUUCCUGUACAAACGAGCUCAAAUACUUGCUGCUGACCUUUGGGGUGCAUUCCGUGGCAAAGGAUACGGAGAGUUCAAUGACAUUGGUUCAAUCACCAUUAUGGCUGACUACAUCGUUCCUGCAGUACUUCGACAGCUUGGGGUGCUAAAAUAUAGUUCUACACUCGCUAACAUCAUUGAUGCUAACAAUGAAAUUGGUUCAGGCAGCGAGGAGGAAGUAGAACUCCGGGCUUGCUCGAUAUAUGCAGUUGAGAAAAUGAGAGAAUUGAUCAGUCAGAAAUCAGGAAAACAGGUUCUAAGCGUGGAGUUAGAUCUUUGGCUUUGGUCAUUCGGAAUCCAGUUCCCAUCUCUGCCUCACCAUCGUACUCUUUCAAUCUACUACUGAUACCAAUCCAAUAUUGGAUAUGAUGGCCUUCUGGCAGAAGAAGCUCGGGGUAAUUUCUCGAGAACUAUGAUAGUUGGCGUCUAUUUUAGGAACCCUGAAGUUUAGUAGCAAAGGACAGAAUAUAAAAGUUAAAGACUUCGUAUAUCUAUUACGUCAGUACUAUUACAGACAGUCAAAACGAUGAAUAAUUUAAUAUAACAGUAAUGGUUUAUUCAGACC